CCACCCCGUCCCGGCGGUUCCUAGGGUUCGCCCAGGGCCUAUCGCCCUCGCCCCGCCGGGCCUGCCCGCACCCCGGGCCCCGCAGGCUGGUCGGGCUCCCCGCCCGGCUCCCCGCCCCUCGUCAGCCGCGGGGGGCCCGCCCAUAAGCCCGUUCCGAGGCGGUUGCUCCGGUCGCCCCGGACUCCCCGCCCCUUCCGCGGCCAGGGAGCCGUCGGAGGCCUGGGGGCCGCGUUAGGGGCUCUCUAGAGGACGGGGACCCUGGAGGCGGGACCCUGGGGCGACCCACGGCUGGGGUCAGCCAUUAAGCAGUCCCACUUGUGUACCAGGCACUGAGCUGGGCUCUUGACGAGCAUCAACUCCUAAUCCUCCGAACAUCCCAGGGAGGGUCUCAUCUCCUGGGCCAUGAGUGAGCUAAAGGACUGCCCAUUGCAAUUCCACGACUUCAAGUCUGUGGACCACCUGAAGGUCUGUCCCCGCUACACGGCGGUGCUGGCCCGCUCGGAGGAUGAUGGCAUCGGUAUCGAGGAGCUGGACACCCUGCAGCUGGAGCUGGAGACACUGCUGUCUUCUGCGAGCCGCCGCCUGCGUGUGCUGGAGGCUGAAACCCAGAUCCUCACUGAUUGGCAGGAUAAGAAAGGUGAUCGCAGAUUCCUGAAGCUGGGUCGAGACCAUGAGCUUGGAGCUCCCCCCAAACAUGGGAAGCCCAAGAAGCAGAAACUGGAAGGGAAGAUGGGACAUGGGCCAGGCCCUGGCCCUGGGCGACCCAAAUCCAAAAACCUUCAGCCCAAGAUCCAGGAAUAUGAAUUCACUGAUGACCCAAUCGAUGUGCCACGGAUCCCAAAGAAUGAUGCUCCUAACAGGUUUUGGGCAUCCGUGGAGCCUUACUGUGCCGAUAUCACCAGCGAGGAGGUGCGCACGCUGGAGGAACUUCUGAAGCCCCCUGAAGACGAGGCGGAGCAUUACAAGGUAGAAACCCCCAGAGACCUAGAACAGGAGAGCUCAGAGUGGCCUCAGGAUACAGCUAGUAAAGGCUUCCUGCCUCCUGUCUGCCCGAGCUCAGACUCUGCUUUCUGCUGGCAGAACCUCCCCGACGGCACCUGGGCUUUGGCGUCUCUGAUGUCCGCCCUGUCCCUUGUGUUCCUCCCCUCUGCUGUGGUUCAAGCCCUCACCCCGUUUUACUAG